CGCCGCAUCCAGCUGGUGGAGGAGGAGCUGGACCGGGCCCAGGAGCGCCUGGCCACCGCCCUGCAGAAGCUGGAAGAGGCUGAGAAGGCGGCAGAUGAGAGCGAGAGAGGCAUGAAGGUCAUUGAAAACAGGGCCAUGAAGGACGAGGAGAAAAUGGAACUCCAGGAAAUGCAGCUGAAGGAGGCCAAGCACAUAGCGGAAGAGGCCGAUCGCAAAUAUGAGGAGGUGGCCCGCAAGCUGGUGGUCCUUGAGGGAGAGCUGGAGCGCUCGGAGGAGCGGGCAGAGGUGGCGGAGAGUCGAGUGAGACAGCUGGAGGAGGAGCUGCGGACCAUGGACCAGAGCCUCAAAUCCCUCAUUGCCUCAGAGGAAGAGUAUUCCACCAAGGAGGACAAGUAUGAGGAGGAAAUCAAGCUUCUAGGGGAGAAACUGAAGGAGGCUGAGACCAGGGCAGAAUUUGCUGAGCGGUCUGUGGCAAAGUUGGAGAAAACCAUUGAUGACUUAGAAGACGAAGUAUAUGCACAGAAGAUGAAGUACAAAGCCAUCAGCGAGGAGCUGGACAAUGCGCUUAACGACAUCACCUCACUCUGAAUCCCACACUGGGCACCAGCACCGCACACCCUGCCUGCCUUCCUCCCCCCCAGCUCGGCCAUUUUGCCUGCCCAGCACCUUCCCCACUCCUACUAUCCACUCUGUCCCUACUCUGUCCCCUCUCUGUCCUUCCUGGCCCGUGGCCACUGGUCAACAGGAGUCAGCCUGGGGUGUUCAUAGCAGGUGCCAGCCCUGCCCAUGGCAGGGUCUCUUCCAACCCUCUUCUUUAAGGUCUCUUCCAACCCCAGCCAUGCUGUGAUUCUAUAAUUCUGUGUUCCUACAAGAUGAGGUGUAGGCGCUAUGGGGUGUUAAAGGGGAAGGGGUGCAUCCCCAGGACCCCACACCCCACGGGGAUGUGGGAGGAUGGAGCUAUGCCCAGGGGCCUUGUGUCCCGCAUUUCCCCCCAGCAGCACAAGCACUAGGGACUCCAUGUCCCUCCAGCACAGCCAUCCCGGUGCUGCAUGCCAGGGGGGAUAUGGGAUGGAGGGGGGUGGUCCUGGCCCCAGGCAGACACCCCCACCACCUGCGCUCCCCUCCCUGCCUUGCCUCUGUCCUUUGCACAUUGCUUUUCAGUUUGCAUUUUGCAUUUCAUGACUUUUUCUUUUCUGUUCUGUCCCUCUGGGUUACUGAGUUGGUCUCAAUAAAGCGUUUUCUCUCCUUGGUU